GAUGAUUGACGCGGCGGCCAUUUUCCCGCUGGACUCUGCUUCCUAUUGUGAAUACGAAGAAAAUAGAGAAGAGCGAAACACAUUUGUCACGACUUCAAAUCGCCUCAGACGCUCGGUGAUCUCUACUAGUCAUGGCUCGUACCAAGCAGACUGCCCGUAAAUCCACUGGAGGCAAAGCCCCCCGUAAGCAGCUGGCCACAAAGGCUGCUCGUAAGAGUGCCCCCUCCACUGGUGGUGUGAAGAAGCCUCAUCGUUACAGGCCUGGUACUGUGGCUCUGCGUGAGAUCCGUCGUUAUCAGAAAUCCACUGAGCUGCUGAUCCGCAAGCUGCCCUUCCAGCGCCUGGUGAGAGAAAUCGCCCAGGACUUCAAGACUGAUCUGCGUUUCCAAAGUGCAGCCAUCGGAGCUCUGCAGGAGGCCAGCGAGGCCUACCUGGUGGGUCUGUUUGAGGACACCAACCUGUGCGCCAUCCACGCCAAGCGUGUCACCAUCAUGCCCAAAGACAUCCAGCUGGCACGUCGUAUCCGUGGAGAGCGUGCCUAAAUGCUCUCUUCUCCUCUGGGUCUCCUCUGUUUUCACCUCCCACUGUCUCUCCUUCACCAGUCUGUCUCUGUGUCUCUCCUACACCAGUCUGUCUCUCUGUCCCUCUACAUCCCUCUAUCCCUGUAUUAGUAGUGUGUAGAGGAAAAGUGAUAAUAUUAUGAGUAAAUAAAGUGUAUAGUUGUGUUUCUCUUAGUGCUCCCAGCAGCAGUCUUCUAGGGUACUCUCUUUUUGUACAUGUACAACUCUAUGGUGACAAGAUCCUCUCAAGCAAACAUCUUGUUUGCACUAGUCCUAUUGUGACUCUGGGUAAGAGCAUGAUGUGAGGACAUGAGAGAGAGCGGUGCAGACAGAGAUGAGUACAGGCAGGAGAAUGGGUAUUGUCUGCUCAGGGACUCGUGUCUUUUUCUGCAGCAAGGUGCUAGAAGAACUUACCUGAGCUUCUCCUGCCUCCAAAGCAUUGUGUACUCAUGAAGGUUGAGGAUGGCCGUCUGUCUGUGUGUGUCUGCUCGAGUGUAGCCUCUGAUCACCACAUCAAAUCAUAUCAGUCCAUCAGCAUCCUUUGAGAAGAUGAUUUAUUGUUUCAGGGCUUUCUCUUCCUUCAAAUCACGUUUCAUGCACAAGAUUUUUUUUCUCACUUCAAACUGUGGAUGACAUGAAGAUGGGGGGAUGAAACAGGCUAAAACUACCACAGAGAACAGAAAUAAUGAUUAUUUUUCUACUCAAAUGUGAUGCUACUGACUGGCACCAAAGUUUGAUCCUGUAUAAAUGCUCUUUUCCUAACAAUAAGUAUUGAACCUGUUUUUGUGAUAUUUAAAUUGGUUUCAUCUAAUAAUUUGAAGCCAGUUAAGAGCUCAGUGAUGGUGCACAUACUUUUACUAAUAGUUUUUUAAAGGACCUUUUUAUGAAAACAAAGGUUCAUCAAGGUUUUCAAUGUUCUCUUCAAUAAAAAGAGUGAGUCAAAAUAUAAAAACCAAUAUUUAAAUAGAGCUAAAUUAACUUACAUGACAAACAGACAAGUAAUAGUACUUCCCCCUGUGCUUCAGGUCUUCUCCUCCAGAUCAGGUGAUCAUCUGUAUACUGUUCCUCAGGUUGACCUGUCACCCUUUUAACUUUGCAUUUUAGUUUUUUUUCAAACUGUGGAUGAUGUUUCAAUUGAGCAAUGUUUGUAAUUUCCAGAUUUGUCAUAAAAGAAUAAAAGAUGGUAAAUAAAUGGAUGUUACACACACACA